AUUUUGCUGUUCAACCAGUUGAUGUUUGCUAUUCCAACGGAUAGGUUUUUAUCUCCAACUUGUUCCUCUAGUUCAAGUUUUAUCGACGUGACUCUGUCAGCAUUCGUCAUUCACUGAGUGUUGUGAAACCUGUUGUUUUUCGCGAAUCCACUCGUAUGGUUUCAACCGAAUUUGGUACGCAUUCUAAUUGAGUGCUUUGAAUUUCGUCGUCUCAUUAAUAAAAGUUAAAAGUUUUUCACACAGUUCCGCCUGAUUUGUGUCACACAAUUCGAAUAAUAUUCAGUAGUAAUUGAUUCGAAUAGAAAACUUUUUGGUUUUGCAUCAUUUUCCCUACCAUAUGCUUGAAAAUCUGAAAAUUGUUGCAGUCAAUUUCAAAGUGAUUCGUUGGAUUUGCAACGUUAAGCUGUCGAUUUAUUUUAUUUCUCUCAAUUUGCAAGCAUAAUGACGCAGUUUGAGUGCCGAUCAAAUCAUUAAAUGGGUUUCAAUUGAAAAGGCUACAACUUGAAGGUUAACAUUGAAAACGCUGUUCGAGACGGAGAGAAUAAAGGGGAAAAAGACGUUGAUUGAAUAAAAGCAACCACAGGCUCAAGUGAAUUGACGUAAAGUUUCUCGUCGGUUUUUUUUUUUCAUUCUGCUCGUGGAAAAUGGAUUUUACAUUCGAUCCGGACGACAUUACUGUGCCGCAAGUGGCUCUCUACUCAACCAUAUCGUUUCUGAUUGUCACAGUAAUAGGCGUAUUUCUGUAUAUAACUUGCUCGAAAAAGUAUAAAUUGAAUUGGUUUGAAAAGAAUUUGCUGGAGACGGCAUGCGAGAGUCAGGAGUUUGGUGCAAGUCAAGAGGCACUUUUAGUGAACAAUGCCAUACCAUAUAAUGUGGAUACGGUCGAUUCAACAAGUCUACGCUCAUCGAAUCGCAGCCCGGUGUCGGUGAACGAAACAUUUUGGGUGCCAACCAUCCAAAAUCCACGGCAUCCGAGUACGCAUAGCGAAGCAGUGGCAACCACUUCAACAGACGAUUCGCUGCCUGGAACACCAACAUCACCGACGGGCAGCCAUACAUCGAUGGCAUUGUCAAUUGGGUCGGGUAAUACGGUACCAAUCGCUCGUACCGACAAACAUGUUGUGCUUGCAAUGAGUCCGGCACGCCCAAAAGUUUCAUCCAUGCAAGCUAAAUUGGAUCACACAAAAAUCGAUACAUCUUUGUACGAACAGGCGAAAAUCAAACGAAAUCCAUCCAUACCGGAGGACACGCGCGGUGUUAUCAAUUUAACCAUCAACUAUGAUCCAAAUGCAGGCAUUUUAACAGUUCGACUUAUUGAGGCAAAUGAUUUACAACCGAGAGAUUUUAGUGGUACAGCCGACCCAUAUGCGAAAAUUCGCUUGCUACCAGACAAAACGAACUUUUGGCAAACCAAAAUACAUAAAAGAACAUUGAACCCAAUUUUUGAUGAAGAUUUCGUUUUUGAGGAACGGCCAUCAGUGAUUGGUCGACGCAUCAUUGAGAUUUUGCUAUACGAUUUUGAUUCGUAUUCACGACAUUUUUGCAUUGGUGGCACACAAAUCGAUUUGAGCAAAUUGGAUUUAACGCAUAAAAUUGAUAUGUGGCAAUUUUUGGGCUCGUGCUCUGAACAAGAUGCUAAAGUUGAUCUUGGUGAUGUAAUGGUAUCGAUGUCAUACCUGCCAUCGGCUGAACGAUUGACUGUCGUUUUGAUAAAGGCUCGUAAUUUGAAAGUUGUCGAUAUGUCACGCAAUUCAUCAGACCCAUAUGUUAAAUUGUCGCUCAUACAGAAUGGUAAAAAGAUCAAAAAGCGAAAAUCGGGCGUAUAUCGCAAUACAAUCUGUCCCGUGUUUAAUGAAGCGCUCACAUUCGAUAUUCCCAAGGAUACUCUCAGAACGUGCACAAUUGAAAUUCUUGUCGCCCACGACAGCUUAUUGGGUUCCAAUGAAAUAAUUGGACGUGCUUUAGUUGGUAAUGACCGAAGUUUGCCCCAAGCGAAUCGUGCUCUGUUCGAUGACCUACUUAGAUCAAAAUCGGCGACAGCCACCGCUCAAUGGCUCUCUCUAACUGAUCCAACUUUUCAGUGAAAUAACAACACACACACACACAAACAAGUCUGCUUUAUGAUUUCAUUCAAAUCUUUUUUAGGAAAUCUUUUUAUCUAAAUGACAGAGAACUAUUAAGCCACUGUUAAAAAAAUGCAACAAUUAUUUUCUGAAAUUGAAGUGAACAAAGAAUGGGAAACAAUUUUAGAUAGAGAAAAUAAUGUAUUUUAUCGUUUUAUGGUCUCAAACAAAAGAAUUUAUGCACACCUUCUAUUUUUAAUCAAUUUUACAAAACUAUACCAAUAUAUAUACAUAUGAGUUUAGAAUAGAACAACAACCACCAAAUGAAACAAUUUUCAAUAGAAAUCAAACAAUUUUUGAACAAAUUGCUUCGACGGAAAGGACACUUUCAAUUCAAAUAUGCAUUUUUAUGUUAAAUGUAAAUAAAAAGAAUGAAAACGCCUCUGAACAAUGAAAUUAUCAUAACAUAUGUAUCAAUAUGAUGCGGAACACAUAUUCAAAUGACUAUUAUUUUUGGAUUCAAUAUGAAUAAUAUUUUUGUUAUAAUGAUAUAGCAUUAUUCACCCUAAGACAAAUGAGAUUGACACUAUUAUUUAACCAUAUAUUGACAUAGACAAUUUAACAAUAACAUUUAUAGACACAAAAUGUCUCACCGAAUGUCAUCAUGUUUAAUGUAAUAAACACAAUUAAAACUUACUUAGUCUUUGCGUUGUUUUUGAUGAUUUUGUUUCAUUUGCCUUAUUGUGUUAGUAAAAACAACAAAACGAAUCGAAUUGGAAGCAACCGAUCCACGUCUGAUGAUGAUAAUUUAUCA